AAAUGCCUCAGAAGCAGCAGGCUGGCUGCAUCCUUCUCCUCACGUUCCUGGGUUUGUCUGGGCUGGUUGGCACAGUCACCAGGACAUACCACAUUGGGAUUGUGGAGGAAUACUGGAGCUAUGUGCCCCAAGGGAAGAACGUUGUUACUGGGGAGAGUUUCACGGAAGACAAACUUGCGACCUUAUUCCUCGAAAGAGGGCCCAACAGGAUAGGCAGUAUUUACAAAAAGGCCAUUUACAGACACUUUACAGAUGGGACCUAUUCCACAGAGAUCCCCAAACCUUCCUGGCUUGGAUUCUUGGGCCCCAUCUUGAGGGCUGAAGUGGGGGACGUGGUUGUCAUUAAUUUAAAGAACUUUGCUUCCCGACCUUACUCUCUACAUCCACAUGGCGUUUUCUACAACAAGGAUUCAGAAGGAGCCCUAUACCCAGAUGGAACAUCUGGAAAGAAUAAAAAUGAUGACAUGGUUCCUCCUGGCGGAAACUACACCUACGUCUGGCCAGUCAGAGAAGAAUACGCACCUGCCCCAGCGGACGCCAACUGCCUGACCUGGGUUUACCAUUCGCACAUCGACGCUCCAAAGGACAUCUGCUCUGGGCUCAUCGGCCCCCUGCUGGUGUGUAAGGAAGGUACUCUGAAUAGGAAUUCAGGGACCAGGACUGAUGUAGAUCGAGAGUUUGUUAUAAUGUUCACGCUUGUGGAUGAGAACCAAAGCUGGUACCUUGAUGAAAACAUCCAGCGUUUCUGCACUGACCCCAAAUCAGUUGACAAAGAAGAUGCUGUUUUCCAGAGGAGUAACAAAAUGCACGCUCUCAAUGGAUACCUCUUUGGAAACUUCCCUGAGCCUGACAUGUGUGUUGGUGACUCUGUGUCCUGGCACCUCUUUGGAAUGGGGAAUGAGAUAGACAUCCAUUCCAUCUAUUUUUACGGUAACACCUUCAUCAGCAGAGGGCAUCGGACUGAUGUCGUCAACCUGUUCCCAGCCACCUUCCUCACAACAGAAAUGAUAGUCGAGAAUCCUGGGAAGUGGAUGAUUACCUGUCAGGUCAGCGACCAUCUACAAGCUGGUAUGCUGGGGCAGUACAAUGUUGACAGCUGCAAAGGUGAUGUUUUUCACCCCAAGAUGAAUGGUCAACAGAGGCGCUACUUUAUAGCAGCCGAAAAAGUUCUCUGGGAUUAUGGUCCUCAAGGCUACAACAAAUUCAGCGGUCUUGCCCUAAAUGCCUCUGGCAGUGAUUCAGAGCUCUACUUCACACAAGGGGACAGCAGGAUAGGAGGAAAAUACUGGAAAGCUCGGUACACUGAAUUUGUUGAUGCAACUUUCACUCAGAGAAAGAGACUUUCUGCUGCAGAAGUCCAUCUUGGAAUUCUUGGCCCGGUCAUCAAGGCAGAGGUGGGUGAUACCCUGUUAGUGACCUUUGCCAACAAGGCUGACAAGGUCUACAGCAUUUUGCCGCACGGUGUGAUCUAUGACAAGGCGUCUGAUGCGGCCCCAAACACAGACGGAUUCGUGAAACCAGGGGCACAUGUUAAGCCAGGCGAAACCUUCACAUACAGGUGGACAGUGCCCGAGAGUGUAAGCCCGACUGACGGUGACCCUCCCUGUCUGACCUAUCUUUACUUCUCAGCAGUUGACCCAAUCAAGGACACCAGCUCUGGCCUUGUGGGGCCUUUGCUGGUCUGUAAAAAGGGCGUUCUCAAUGCUGAUGGGACACAGAAGGGAAUAGACAAGGAAUUUUACCUACUGUUCACAGUCUUUGACGAGAAUCUGAGCAGGUAUCUCGACGAAAACAUUCAAAAGUUUACCUGGCGUCCCUUCAGCGUUCAAAAAGAAGACAAAGAGUUUGUGAAAUCCAACCGGAUGCAUGCUGUUAAUGGCUACAUGUAUGGCAACCAGCCGGGCCUAACCAUGUGCCAAAAGGACAGAGUUUCCUGGCAUUUGCUUGGAAUGGGCACUGACACCGACAUGCACGGAAUUUUCUUUCAAGGGAACACCAUCCACCUGCGAGGCACUCACCGAGACUCCCUGGCCUUGUUUCCCCACGUGUCAACAACAGCGUUCAUGCAGCCGGACCAUGCAGUUUUUGUUCUCUACCUCCAAGCCAAGAAGGGUGCUCAGAAGUCAGUAGAAGAGGCUGCAGCUGGCCAGUGCUGCCAGCCAAAGCUGGCCGUGCCCACCCGGCAGCAGGCUUUGCCCGGGUUGGGGGUGGGGGAGCCAGGAGCCAGGCGCUCUGGGCACAGCCACCCACGGGAGAAGUCGGCGGCAGGCCUCUUCCCCAGAGUCCGUACCCUGGUGUUCAGGACCCUGUGGCUGGGCCACUGCCGGCUUCUCUGCGCUUUUGCUCAUGCACCGUCCUCACAAGGCGACCACGCAGCAAAGCUCACGAAGUGCACAGUGCGAGCCUGGUGUGGGGUUUUGCAGACAUUCAUGCACGCGACCCUUCCGCCAAGCCCGCAAGGUGGGGGCAUCGUCACCAUCCCCAUUUGGCGGCGAAGGAAGGUGGAAAACCGCAAAGUGUGGCUCCACGGUCCGUGCUGGUCCACCUCACACAUGCUAGGACUCCUAGAGAAAAAAGUGGAGAAAAAGCGGCCGCCCUUGGGAAGCACACAGUCUGGGGUAGAAGGCUACUAUGUGCUUGGCACUGCGCAAAGUGCCAGUGUGCAGCUGGACAGAGGAGGCCUUUCCCACACAGAAUUCCUGGCCCGGGAAGACAUCCGGAUAAGCACAUGGAGGGAGGCAGCUAGGAGGGAAGCCAAAGAACAUGGAGACAUAUUUAUGAACCACACUGAAAACUGGAUUGGCUCUCAGUACAAGAAGGUGGUUUACAGAGAAUACACCAACGGAGAGUUUGUGGAGAUCAAAGCCCGGCCACCACGAGAGGAGCACCUGGAACUCCUGGGCCCAAUGAUUCACGCUGAGGUGGGCGAUUCCAUCCUGAUCGUAUUUAAGAACAAAGCCAGGCGGCCCUACUCCAUCUCAGCCCAGGGUGUGGAGGAGAUGGACAGCGGGAAGCAGUUCCAAGUGCCUGCGACGAUGCCGGGAGAAGUAAGAACAUACAGGUGGAACAUCCCUGAAAGAUCUGGCCCAGGGCCCUCCGACCCCAACUGUAUUCCGUGGGUCUACUACUCGACAGUAAACUUUGUGAAGGAUACGUACAGUGGUUUGAUGGGUCCUCUGAUUACGUGCCGAGAAGGCAUAUUGAAUGAAAAGGGAAGAAGAAGCGAUGUUGAUUACGAAUUUGCUCUCUUGUUUUUGGUGUUUAAUGAGAAUGAAUCCUGGUAUCUGGAUGACAAUAUCAAGAAGUAUCUCAAUAAAGAUCCCCGGGAUUUUAAGCACACUGAUGACUUUGAGGAGAGCAACAGGAUGCAUGCUAUUAAUGGAAAGAUUUUUGGGAACCUCCAUGGCCUCAUAAUGAAUGAAGAUACAAUGACAAACUGGUACUUGCUAGGGAUAGGGAGUGAAGUGGACAUACAUACCAUCCAUUACCAUGCCGAGAGCUUUCUUUUUAAAAUAGAUAAGUCUUACCGAGAAGAUGUGUAUGAUCUCUUUCCCGGAACAUUCCAGACCAUUGAACUGUUUGCAGAUCACCCCGGGACAUGGCUGAUACACUGUCAUGUGUCGGACCACAUCCAUGCUGGCAUGGAGACAACCUACACGGUCCUCCGGAACACAGACAACAGGAUUCCUUACGCUCCCACGUCUCCUUCUGGAGGGGCGUCUCACCCGGCCACGGCGCCCUCCAAUGAGCAACCCGGCACGGAGAAGCUCUAUUUCUUUGGCAAGAGUCUGGGCCCGAGAGGAGCCAAAGCAGCCUUGGUCAUCCUUCUCAUUGUCGGACUCCUCCUCCUGAUGGCCACUGUGACUCUCUCCCUCAGACUCCACUCGAUGAGGAAGCAGACAGCUUACCAGCAAGUCCAGUCCUGUGCACUCCCCACGGAUGCUCUGUGA